UGAUUUCUCUCCUCCCACUGAUGAUGGCCUGUCCCAAACACAAGACAAAAACAAAUCGCACAUACAAAGGGACGUAAAUACUAGCGUGUGCUCUGUUAGCGACGGCUCAUCUGUUCAUCUUUCCACUGGCUAUUCAACCUCAGACAAAGAUGGUUUCUCCUGUCACUGUGGUCAAGAGCGAGGGGCCAAAGCUUGUUCCGUUCUUCAAAGCCACUUGCGUCUAUUUUGUUCUGUGGCUGCCCACCUCGAGUCCCUCCUGGUACAGUGCCCUCAUCAAAUGUCUGCCCAUCUUCUGUCUUUGGGUUUUUCUGCUCGCUCAUGGCAUCAGCUUUUUAGGUGCCCACUCCAGUGCCAGGAAAAUCCUGGCAGGACUUAUUUUUUCAGCUUUGGGUGACGCAUUUCUCAUCUGGCAAGAACAAGGCUACUUUAGUCAUGGACUGCUAAUGUUUGCCAUCACCCACAUUCUCUACUCUUCGGCCUUUGGGAUGAAGCCCCUCAACUUGAGAGCAGGUCUGGUCAUCGCUGUCAUCUCAGGCCUCAGCUACACCCUUCUUUACCCCUACCUUUCUGGUCCCUUCACCUACCUGGUGGCUGUUUACAUUGCUCUUAUCGGCUUCAUGGGCUGGAGGGCCAUCGCUGGAGUCCAGCUCGCCAAUGACCUCUGGACCUGGACGAAACUGUCGGCCUGCCUCGGAGCCGUCCUCUUCAUGGUAUCUGACCUCACCAUUGCCGUCAACAAGUUCUGCUUCCCUGUGCCCCACUCUCGAGCCAUCAUAAUGGCGACCUACUAUGCAGCCCAGAUGUUGAUCGCACUGUCGGCUGUGGAAUGCCAAGAUGCCGAUCGGAAAAGAGCCUGAAGAAUCACACAUUAACAAACCAUCCCCUAAUGACUCCACAUCAUUAGCAGCUGCACAGGUUCAAGUUCCACUUCCAGAAACCUCUGGUCCAUCCACAGUUCCCCUGUCUGAGCAUGACUGGGAUAUAUUGGUUAUAGUUGAAGAAUCGCCAGUUUAAAACCAUGUAAGACCAGACCAAUGGGAGAAUUCUUACUAGAUUCAUGUACAAGGUUUGAUAGUCUUGGUCUUUAGCCUCUUGACUUGGUCAGGUCUCUUACCAUAGUUCCUCAGUCUUACCAUACCACAUUCCUCUAGUUACCACUAUUUUGGUGUCAAGACAGUUUUGGAGUUCUGAUUACUAGGUCCUCAAUUUACCCUACUUCCUUACCUUAGUAUCUUCUCCAUUUCAACCGAGACUACCCCAGUGUCUUCUCAUUGUCUCUGAUAUCUUGUCCACUUCAGAUAGUCCUUAAUGGCUCAUACUGUGAACAAAGAGAGAGUCUUGAGUGACUAGUGUUCAUCAGGAACCUACUUUCAGGCCUGCAGAAUGGACCAGAAAACAAUACAAAUGGUUCAGGUUUUUCUUAGGGGCUGGUUUCCCCGUCUCACCGUAGAUUUCCCAAACGUAAUCAGAGGGCAGCAUGAAAAUAAUUUCAUACUAAAGCAGAUAUGUUAGCGUAGUGCUGCUGUAUUGAAAAUCAAUGCACAAUCUUUGCUGUAGUAUUGUGAGGUAUACCUUAAUGCUUAUCCUGUGUCACUGACACAUUUUAAAGUGUUGAUUAAGUGUUGAGUUAGUACACAACACAUGUGCUGGAGUAGUUGUCUUGCCUCAAAUAGGCCAUCAAGCCCAAAUGACUGCAACCAGUGCUAGUGUUGUCUCUUGGAUGAGGCUAUCCUUAACUAAGAUUUGAGAUGUAUUUAAAAAAAAAACGGGGCAAGACUCUCAUAAAAAGGGAAGGCGGUCUCUUUCUUGGAGGUUAUUCGGUGACAGUUUCUGUUAUCUUUUCCUUGGGUUUCUGCCAAGUCAGCAGCAUUGCUCAAUACCUCUACCACAAGGAAAUGGCAAAUAAGUACAAGUUGUACUGUUAUUUUACUGUCUGUAUAGUAUCAGAUAAUGUUUGUAAAGAGGGCGUGAUGUCAGAUAAUACUCAUGUAUCGAGCUUCCAACCACUUUCAUAUGUCUAUUGCCAGUAGGAAGUGUCUUACUCAAGGGAAAGUGGGAAGCCCUGUGGUGAGUGAAUAAACUAAUGCGUCGUGCGCUUUAGAUUAGGUAUUUUAUCUGUAAGCCAGUACUUUUUAAAAAGAAUUCUCACUCUUUUCUCAUCUCAUUCGUAUCUAUUCCUCCACCUGAAAAUGUGUGAAUAUUUCACAGUGUGAUUGAGUGAAAAUUUCACAGCGAGUGAAUAUUCUACAGUACAGUGUUGUUCUUUUUCUUGUUUGGUACUGUGCUGUAUUAGCUGAAUCAGGGUGAAUCACAACAUAUUUGUAGUCAUAUUUAACUACAGAUUUAAAAAGCAUAUUUUGCAUAAAGAAAAUGUCUAUUUUAGGAUCAUGAAGGUGUUUUUGAAUUAUUUUCACGGCAUUCUCAUGACCGUAAUGUGAAAAAAAAAAUACUGUAAUGCACCCAGACGUUUUACUUUUCUUAAUAAUUCUCAUUGAUGAUUCUCAUUAGAUUUUCAAUACUAUAAUGAGAAUAUUUCUGUGCCGACCCAAUGUUUUUUUUUCUUUUCUUUAUGGGACCACAUACACUAAAAUCAUGCAAGUAUUUUACGGUAUAAAUAUGCAUUUUUAACAUUACAUUAAUGGUAAUUAAUCCAUACAGUUAAUAUGAACUUAACUGAGAUACUAAAUAUCAAUAUCAAUUAAUGAAAACUGGUACUAAACUAGGCUUCAUUUCAUUUAUGCAAAAUAUUUAAAUAUAAAUAUUAGUUUUUUGGGGGUGAAAUGUGGCCUGGACAUUUUUCAGACAGGCUUUGUGAGAUAUUCUGCCAUUUAAGCAAAUAGCAUGUGUACUGUACUUUAUUAUCAUUUGAUUCUGAUCAUUGUUUUAUUCAUAAAUCUCAAUAAGGGAUCAUCAGCUGAUCCUUCACUGAUGCUAAAUGAGGGAACCGUCAUCAGCCAUGAUGGAAAACACUGCUUGGUCUGAUAUGUACUCAGCUGUUGUGCCUCAGGUGUGAGUGGAAAUGAGCUUUGAAUGCAAACACAGCGGAUCACUCAACAGUGGUCCAUUUUAAAGUGAUAUGACAUCCUCAACCUGGUCGUCUUGCACGGGAUAGCAACAUCCAUGUACACUGGUGUGUUCAGCAAACAAAACAUUGAACAUUUCCGGUGAACAAAAAACUUACAUUCUUUGUAAGUUCAAUUUUUCUACCUUAAAUUUUAAUUCAAUGAAUUACAUUUUGCUUCUCAAGUAAAACAAGCCUUCACAUCAAAUAUGGUAUCUACUCUUCUCUUUGGCCUACUGUGUUCAUCAUACUGAUAUGCACAUAUUGUAAACGCUACUGUCGCUAUCAACAUGCACUCUCACCCUCGAGAAACAGUGUGGCUAUUUUUGACACAUUUGCUCAAUGCCAAGUUUCAUAGGUUCCCUAUUCGGGGGUCACACUGUCAGCAAAACAUUUCAGCUUAGCAGAAAAAACCGUACAUGAUUUGCAAGGUCAUCAAAACAUCAUGUCGUUUCAGAGCCAUUGUGUGCCACAUUACGAAUCAGUAAUGUGGCAGAACGAUAUAUUGAAUGAAAUUAUAAUUGUUCGUAUGAUGAUUUCCCCAGGAAGUGAUUGAAGCGUCCCCCUUUUAGGGGCGAACACAGACUUUUCUAGUGAUUCAAAGUUAAUUCUUAUAGUAAAUGUCAUGUGAUGUUUGAUGGUAGUUUAAAUGCCUUUAGAAAGUCAAUAUUCCUAUUCUAUACUUAGCAUUUCUUUUGUUCUUUGUUUACAACCUGCUGUCACCUCCCAGAUGGUUAGAAUUCGACCUUGCAUGGUCGUUUCCUUCUCUAUUGUGUAAAUGCGCACUCCGUAGAGGAGAACAGGUGCCUUCUGUUUCCCUCACUGAAAUGCUGUCUUUUGAGAAGUGUGGAGACAGUCACUGGCACAGGGAAGAUUUCCUUUCCAUCUGGCUUUGCUUUAGCUUGCAAACCUUAUUCAAAUGGCAGUGAGCGCGAUCGUUUUACCCCCGCUUGUCAGCACUCGGGUGUUUGAUGCUUUUGUGUUGGGUCGAGGGGGAUGAAACAGAAUGCUGGGUGUUCAGUGGGUUCAGUAUUGAUGACUGUGUUUAGCUAUAGCAGUCCUGUUGUUAAAGAUAAUGAGGAAUAAUCCAGUUGGUUCAAAGCACACCAUUGAGGGAUGUAAAUAUCUGUACUUUUCCAUUUUAUCUUUUUAAACCUUCUUGAUAUUCUCUUUAUGAGCUUGAGGCUUGAAACAUAGUCUACGCACAUGCUGAAUGCAAUUACUAAAGCCCGAUUUUGUGUAAAACUGCGUUCCUAAACAUGUCAGGCGACAAAUCAUAACAUGAUGCAAGUGCGUGUUGCAUUCUCAGCGUCGCCACUAGGGGUGUUAUAAACUCUGUUCCUCUACGGUCGGUCAGUUUUUGUUUUGUUUUUGUUUUUUAAUGUCAACAGUUUGAAGAGCAUCUUACUGAGCAAUUUAGUUAAAAUUAGAUAAAUAAAUGGCAUGUUUAUAGCUAGCUACUUGAAUAAACCAAACUAUAAAAAUAACUAAAAUGAUAACUAGCAUCCCCCCCAACGGACGAUAAUUUUCUAUUAUAAGCGCACAUAAUGCAUUUGUUGUCUGCCACUUUAAAUGCUGUUCUAAUCAGCUGCUAUACCUUCUCUGAUGUUAGACUGAGCAUCAGUGACUGACAGGAGUCUCGCAUUAGCAUGUUGCUAAGCUAACGCAAUAGCAUGUCACUACGCUCACAAUAGACCUUCUUCUUUUUAUUUAACUAGUGUUUAUCGAUGUGUUUUCAGUAUUAAGUGAAAUUUAAGUAUUUAUAUUUAACAUUUCUUUCGACUCGUCCUCCAUCUUGGAUUGAUUUUUCGCGCAAUGCGUUCUGUGAUCGCAUUCUCUGUAAAGGAUACUUGCAAUUCUGUGUUAGAAUGUGGCUAAACGAGAUACCUUAGAAUGUACACUUCAUGAUGGAAGCAUCUAUGAUGCCUUGAAAUGCUCUCUAGGUAGGUAGCUCACUAGCUUUGCAUAUUCAGACAUCACAUUUGAGGAAAAAGAAACAUUUUAUCUCUUAUUUAUUCUGUUUUUUUGUAGUUGUUUUUGCUUUAACACACCUUUUUUUUUUUCUAGCAUCUGCUGUAAACAUUACGUACAAUCACAACUUUACCAAGUUUGCUUUGUAUCACCUCUGCCUUUAAGAGUAAAUCCAAGGGUAGUUGCUGUUACUAAUGUCAAAAUAUAGUAAAAUCUGGGUCAAUGAGAAAGUCUUAUAAGAUACCAGUGUAUUAACAUUAUUAUUUACCAUAGCUGACUGUAACUACUGUCCAGUACUCAAAGCACAUACUGCAAGUGUAUUCUUAUGUUGGAGCUCACAUCUUAACAUUUAGUUACAGAAAAGUACAAAGCAUCUGAGAUGGACCAAUAUUGCUAUAGUUUUUAGAAUCGGAUAUAUGUAAACAUUUUCUGACUAUGCUGUAUGUAAGGCAGUGACAAUACUUUGGUAGUGAAAGUUGUGCAGUUGUGAUUGCAAUCUUUAAAAAAAUAGAAAAAUAAAUCCUUGAGGAGGUUUUAUGGUCUGAAGUCUGUGAACAAUAUUACUAAAUAAGGGAAACUCUUAUUUAUUGGAGUACCUCUCUCUUUCUCUUGCUAUAUAUCUAUAUAUUUUUACAGUUGACCCUUAACAUUGUGAAGUUAUGUUGUGAACGAAUGCUGUUAUUUUUUGCUGAGUAGAUGUGAGGUCUAUUCAAUUUUUUGCCUUAUUGUUAAUGUCCAGUAGUUUAAUUCCUUUCGUUAUUGUGUUAAAGGACCGUAGUGCUCCUUUACUAUAGUGAUACUGCUAUGAAUGUGAUUCAGUCCACGUAAGAAAUAAAUGCAACUGCAAUGCAACUGAAAACAUA